UUUGGACAAUUGCCUAUCACUUGGCGGUAUUGAAAUAAACGCUAAGGCAACAGUUACAAUAAUAUAAAAAUAAUGGAAAUGGUCACAGCCAACAGCGAAAACACAGGCCACCGGCGGACCCGUUUGCGCAAGCUGGAAGAUGAGGGCAAGGCGCUUGGUUCCUCUUAUUGAGUUUUGCUGAUGGCUAACUGGUGCUGUUUCCUGUAAUGAUAAGAAUGGCAUCCAGCCAUGGAGAGACAAAAGCCCAGAUUUGUGACUGUAUUUUUUCUCUUGGCACUAUCAGGGUUUAUAAUACUUGUCUGCAACAUCACAUCUCUGGAGAAGUUGAGUGGACAGGUUAUAUCUACAUUCUACCAAAUCCAGAAUAGCAUCCACUCAGCCUUUAAGUCCCCUGGAAACGUGUGGCCACUAGAGUUAAACCACACAUACUGUGCACACUUUGGCCAGGAGCCCACAGCGGAAGAGGCAAAUGAAGAGAGAUAUCUGCUUAAUUCCAUUGCCUGGCCAGGCCCAUUGGUGCAAGGCUUGCCUGUGGAGCUUAGCAGUGACCCUUCAAAGAGCUACUUUGUGAUUCAGGGCCCAGCGGAGCAACGUAUAGGUGAUCAGCUUGAGGUUAAUGUACAUGUGCAGAACUUCCUGGGCCUGCCUAAGAAGCAUGGUGGAGAUUUCCUUAUAGCUCGGCUACAUUCACCUGAACUCGGUGCUGGCGUUGCAGGGCAGGUGCAAGACCAUCACAAUGGCAACUACACAGUGCUGUUCCCACUGCUGUGGGCUGGUGUAGUGUGGGUAGAAAUAACCAUGGUGCAUCCGAGUGAGGCAGUGAUGGUGCUCAAGAGUCUGCAAGAAGAGCAACCUGACCGGGUGUUUUUUAAAAGCCUGUUUCGCUCUGGCUUCGUAUCAGAGACCACCGUGUGCAACCUUUGCCUGCCACUCAACCAUCAACCGCUCUGCAACUACACUGACCCUGAAACUGGAGAGCCCUGGUACUGCUACAAACCCAAAAUGUUAGGCUGUGAUACACGAAUAAAUCAUUAUAAAGGGGGCUACAAAAAGAACCUCAUUACUGAAUAUGAAGCAAAGUUUUUCAAGAGUAAUGUAAAUAUCAAAGUUCCUAUACGUGCAUCUGGAAUGGGCAAUGUGACUGUAUUACCUGCAGAAAAAGGUCUUGCCAAUUUAAAAAAAUAUGAAAAAACCUCUGGCUUCUACUUUCACAAUGUUUGGAGGCCUUUGCGUGGUGCAGCCCUCCAGCAGUUCAAUGAUUCAUCAGCUAUAACACACUGUCUUAGAGGGAAGAUCAUAUACAUGCUCGGAGAUUCCACUGUGCGACAGUGGUUUGAAUACCUCACCGCUUCUGUUCCUACACUAAAGGAGUUCAACCUUCACAGCCCUAAGAAUGUGGGGCCAUUCAUGGCUGUGGACAGCAAAAACAACAUCCUGGUGAGCUUCCGCUGCCAUGGGCCACCCAUCCGCUUCACUUCAGUGCUUUCUUCUGAACUGCGAUACGUAGCAAACGAGAUAGACAGGAUCAAAGGUGGGCCAGGCACAGUGAUACUCGUGAGUGUGUGGUCUCACUUCAGCACUUUCCCUAUUGAAGUAUAUAUACGGCGCCUACGGCACAUCCGCAGGGCUGUGGUACGGCUGCUGAACCGUGAGCCAGCAACCUUGGUGGUGAUCCGCACUGCCAGCCUACAGAAGCUUGACCCAGGGAACAGCUUGUUCAACAGUGACUGGUUCUCUCUGCAGAUCAAUUCUGUUCUCUGUGCCAUGUUCAAAGGACUCAAUGUGCAGCUGCUGGAUGCCUGGGAAAUGACUCUUGCCCACCACCUACCCCAUCUUCUACAUCCAUCUCCCCCUAUUAUCAAAAAUAUGAUAGACUUGAUCCUGUCCAACAUCUGUCCCGUUGGAAAAAAGAGGAGUUAACAAAGGACUAAAAUAUAUAAGUGGCAAAGAUGGAGAAGAAGUGGAUUUAAGGUCUAGAAAUCGAUUGCGGAGGAGAGCUUUUCAUAGCCACAGAACUGAUGAUGUACAGCAUGUUGAUGGCAAUGAUAUGCUGAAGCCAUUUGGAAUAGAAAUAAAAGGAUGCAUUGAUGUAUCUUCCAAAAGCUUUAUAUGGCUGAACUCAUACAAAACAAACAGUGACCCAAAGGUUUUAUAAAUACUGUUUUAUAAAGACAUCAUACUGUGUUGUUCAAAAUUAAAAAGUCAAUGUGUAACUUAACAUUGGUCUAUAUCAUGCAAUUACAAACAACUAGUAAGCAACAGAAGAGGGAUUUUCAAUAUGUUAGUAACAACAUUUUUCCUAUUUAAUUCAAAGGACAACCAUGUUGUACCUUGUUGCCGAGAGAGUGGAAUCCAUUUUAACAUGCCUGCAAGCAAUUAUAGGUUAUAGGAAAUAUUAUUGAUGAAACUGA